UUUCAGCAUUUUUCAAAAGAAGAUUUGACACAUGUUUCAUUCCUGCCCUUAUCACAUGUAAUGGAACAGCUAACGAUGGUGUUGGCCUUGUUCGUUGGUGGUCGAAUAGGUUUUCUCACUGAUGGCAUUGAGUCAUUAUUUGAUGAUCUUAGAGAUUUUAAGCCAUCGUUUUUCUGUUCUGUUCCAAGAUUACUUGUUCGAAUAUAUAUGAAAUUUUCUGAAAGGUUGCACUCUAAACCAAUAAUUUGGAAAAUAUGUCAAUACGAAAUAAAUAAGAGAAUGGAAGAACAGAAACAUGGAAUAUAUAGACGAAAUGGAAUAAUAGACUUCUUGUUUUUUCGAGAGUUUCGGGAGUUACUUGGUGGCCGAGUGCAAGCUAUAAUUUCAGGUAGCUCUCCAAUAGAUAGAGAUGUUCUAUUCUUCAUCAGAGCCGUUUUGAGCUGUCCUGUUAUCGAAGUAUACGGAUCAACGGAAACACUUGGUUUGGUAUCCAGUACAAUGUUUGAAGAUGUAGAUGCUUAUCAUGUUGGAGCUAUUUUCCCUGGAGUGCAAAUCAAACUAAUAGAUGUUCCGGAAAUGGGUAUACUCGUAUCCAAAGAUCAAAUGGGAGAGAUUUGCAUUCGUAGUAAAGCUAAUAUGCUUGGUUAUUACAAAAAUCAAGAGAAAACUAAAGAAAUCCUCGAUUUAGAAGGCUUUGUUCACACAGGAGAUGUUGGGGUUUGGUUAAAAAAUGGAGCAUUAAAAAUAGUGGAUCGGACAAAAAAUCUAUUCAAGUUAUCACAAGGAGAAUAUGUAGCACCAGAAAAAGUAGAACAAACCUAUUUAUCAUGUAAUCUAGUACAACAAGUAUACGUUGAUGGUAAUUCACUUAAAUCUUAUGCAGUAGCAGUGGUAAAACCAAACUUUAAAAGAUUGCGCAAGGAAAUAGUAGAUAUUGUAUGUAGAUCGGAUAAGACAUCAUCGUCACUUAUCGACAAAAAGGAUAAAAUGAAAAAUGAAGGAUUACCAGUAGAAGUAACCGAUGCUGAAUUAUGCACCAGAAAAGAAGUACGUGAAUACAUCUUGAAGAAAAUGAACUCAGUUGCUAGAGAGAAAGGUCUACAGGGAUUUGAACUGGCCCGUAAUAUCCACCUUACUCCAGAACCGUUCACAGUAGACAAUGGAUUAUUAACUCCAACAAUGAAGCUUGCAAGAAUAAAUCUACGUAAACGUUUUGCAGAGACUAUUAAAAAUCUGUAUGAAGAAAACUGCAACUAACUACUGGAUUACUUUCUUAACACAAAGCUAUUAUAUAUUGUGGUUUCAUUCAUUUGUUCGAGCACUACUCGUUUUCACCUUUCUCAGUAAAAGAACGAAUGUGCUUGAAUUUCGUUCUAAAUUAUUUUCUUCAAAUAACUGGAUACAUUUAUUAUAAUUUAUUAUUUAGUGUAGAAACAAGUAUUCAC